UUGCUAUGUCCUUUACGAAGAUAGUAGCGACAGUGAACAAAAAAGCGUUUGUGAAACCAGUUACGCCUCUCUUUUCGGCCAGUAGAGAGCAGGCGAGACUGAGGGCGUUGAGGUUGUACAAACAGUGGUACAGGGAGUGCUUCGACACAAUCUAUAAAAACGAGCUGCCUUUCACCACCAAAGAGGUAAGGAAAGUGUUGCGUCAGAAGUUUGAGGAGAACAAAAACGUGACUGACUUGAGACAGAUAGACGCCAUCAUCUUCAAAGGAGAGUUGGAGUUAGAAGAGAGCCAGAAGGGCUGGAUGCAGGGCACGCAUAUUUGUAGAUACAUGGAGAUGACCAAAGCACAACAGCCCAAAUCGAAAGAUUUCUUGGACAAAUUCUACUCCGGAGAUAUGAGUUGAAAACUGAAACUGAAGUGACAAUAUCUUACUUGUAAUUUACUAGAUUUAUUUUUUAUAAAUACA